AUGCCAUUCUACGCCCUUGAUGAGACCAGGUGUGAGCCAGAGGAAAUAAGGAUCGUGGUCAUUGGUCAAAGUGGAUCUGGGAAGAGCGCAACAAGAAAUAAAAUCUUGGGAAGGAGAGCUUUUGAAUCAAAGCCAUCCACCACCCCGGUAACAUUAACCUGUAGAAAGGAAAGAGGAGAAUGCGAUGGCACAACAGUGGUUGUAGUUGAUACACCUGGACACUUAUACACCAAGAAGACAGAAGUGUUAAAGUGCAUCAGUCUGUGUGUACCUGGACCACAUGCAAUCCUAGUUGUGAUUCAACUGAACAGAGUCACAGAAGCUGAAAAACAUUUGAGCAUUAUUCAGAAGAUGUUUGGAAAAGGAGCACUGCACUACGCCAUCGCUCUGUUCACCUGUGGAGAUAACCUGAAGGAAGAUGGAGGCGCCAUAGAGGACUUCAUUUGUCAAAGUCAAGAUCUCCACGCAAUCAGCCAGUGUGGUGGAGGACACCAUGUGUUCAACAACAGAGACAAAGACCCAUCUGAGGUUAAAGAGCUUUUGGAGAAGGUCAACAAGUUGGUGCAGAAGAACGGAGGAACUCAUUUUACCAAUGAGAAAUUCACAAAGGCAGAUAGAGCCUUAAAAGCAGAAAUAGACAGACUAAGAUUUAAUACUGUGGAGCGACAUUUGAAGAAUCUUCAGUGGUUGUUUGGGGAAGAGGCAUCACGUUACACCAUCGUCCUGUUCACCCGUGGAGAUGAACUGCCAGAUGGGGUCACCACUGAGGAAUUAAUUAGUCAAAAUCCAUUUCCUUAUGGUGUAGGAUACCACAUUUUCAACAACAGAGACGAGGAUCCCACUCAGGUCAGAGAGCUGCUGAAGAAGAUCAAGAGAAUGGCGCAGAAGAAUGGAGGAGAAUACUGCAUCAAGGUCAAAGACUGGAAACAGAAGUAUCUUGUGUAA